GAUACGUAGACAGGCGAGCGAAGAAGUCUUGGGGUCCUGUUUCGUGUGUUUCUGGGAUACUGGCGGACUGACUGCUCUCUGAAAGUCAUGGCGACCAACAGCGAGCAACUGUCCCUAUGCUUCGUAACUGAUGCAAAUCAAGAAGUCCACAGCGAAAAGUGAAAACAGAGGGUUAACGCAUUUCGUGUCCAAUUUACAGAGCAAAGACUACAGUAAUAAUCUCAAAAACUAAGACUGGGAUUCAGUUAAAUCAGUUUUUAAAAUGGAGUGUGCCGUAGACACCGGUCCUGAUGAUGGGCCAUCUGAUACUGCUGUUCCAUAUGAAGCCAUUACUGUAAAGGAUGGGAGUGAGACCCCAAAAAAGAAAAACAAGAAACAUAAGAAACACAAAAGUAAGAAGAAACGUAAGAAGCGCAAGGGAGAAAAGGAGAGUAGCUCUGAAUCUGGAGUAGAGUCAGAUGGCGAUUCCCAAACAAGAACGAGCAUGAAAAAAGAUGGCUCAUCUAACCUUGAGGCUGAUGAUCAUGCGAAUGCCACAAAAAAUUGCACAGAAGACCUCAGUGAUGUGGAAGCUGAUGCCAAGGUUAAAAAGCAGAAACAUCGUGUUGGAAAAAAGAAGAAAAAAAGAAGACGGAAAGAGGAGGAAAAGCAGGAGGUUCCAAAAAAGUCCUCAUCUCGCUCAAGAUCGGCGAGUACCUCAGGGUCAGAAUCAGAACCAGACUCCAAACAAUCACAAAAAUUGCAGAUGGCAUCUUUAAAGUUGGACAGGAAGUCGCCUAUUGUUGCAGCUAAAUUUCCAAAAGACAAAUUUAAAGAUAGCACGCCCCAAUUGGAAGAUAAAAAGAGAGGAAUGACUUUGGAUAACACUGAAGAAGAAAGUUUAAAAUUAGAAGGGAUAAAAAAGAUGUCUCCUGAGACUGCACAUGCACUAAUUGCAGAGAGGGACAUAAAAGUGGAAGCUGUUGGUGAACAGGAAAGUUUUGGUAAAGUGCAAGAACUUCCUGAUAUUAUUCCUAAGCAAGAGAAUGUGCACAAAGAGCAAGCUGUGCAGAAGAACAUUUCGAAAGAAGCAAAUGGGAAUCAGAAAGAAAAGAAAAAACAGUCCCUCUCCAGGUCAAGGUCACGAUCGCUUUCAGACACUAAAGGGAAAAAAUCGAAACACAGUCGCUCUAGAACUCCAAAGCAUUCAUCUGGUAAAGUAGGACGUCAUAAUGACAGAUCAUCUUCAAGGGACAGAUCUGUGUCUGCCCCUGGUGGUAAGGAUCGAACAAAAAGAAGCUUGAGGUCUGCAUCAAAACAGUCACCGUCUAAAGUAACAAAGAAAACUGGACGCAGGUCAGAGUCACUCUCUAGAAGAAGAGCAUAUCGCUCAGACUCAAGGUCCCGCACAAGGACCAAAAGAUCGAGGACUAGGUCUCCACAACGUGGUCAUCGCUCAAGAUCUAGGUCAACAAGAAGACCAAGACAUUCACGCUCAAGAUCAAAACAAUCUGUUUCUCGGCGGAAGAAUCGGCGCUCAAGAUCACGGUCCGGAUCUGUACGGAGAGGAAGACAGUCAAGGUCCCGCUCUCGAAAGAGGACACCUGUUUCUCGGGCAAGGCGGUCCAGGUCUAGAUCUGUCAAAAGAGCAAGGCGAACUCGCUCAAGAUCCGUUGUGAUUCUUAAGCGAUCUAGAUCACACUUAAGAAAAAAAAGAAGAUCUAGAUCAAGAUCCGCUCGUAGAAGAUCAGGUUCAAGAAGCCCAAGAUGUCGAAGUAAGUCUCGGUCCCCUCAACGCUCCAGGCCCUCCGAGUCGCGUUCUCCUGCAGUCCGUCAAAGGAGGUCAAAAUCUAGGAGCCCUCAUAGCACAAAGUCAGAGUCAGUAUCUCCUCAACGAUGUAAAAGAUCAAAGUCACGGACAUCUUCACAUAAUUCAAAGUCUGAAUCACCAAAAUUAAGAACUAAAAAGCAAAAAAGUAAACGCUCAAGGUCAAUUUCUCAGAGACGCACAUCAAGAUCUAUUUCCAGGGAGCGACAGUCAUCAGAUAGAAGUAUAUCCCCUACCAAGAAAGCACACUCUAAAUCUCCGACUAAAGAGGAAAAUUCCUUAAAGGAUGAGAGUUCAAAAGAAACUAAACAGCAAAUUGUGGAUGCUGUGGAGGAAAAUGUAGAAGUUAAAGGGACAGAAGAGUCAAAUCAUUGGAAACCAGUGUUUACUGAAUGUACAGCUGUGCAAAAUCCAUCAAAUGAAGACACAACAUCAUCAGAAUUUGAGACACAAAAUAAAAAAAUCAAGGAAGAGUCUGAAAAUCUCUCUGAAUGUGAAGAAAUACCAAACCGAUCCAGAUCUUUGUCGUCAGAGCCAGUUCCUCAACAUGGUACUGCAAGAUCAGAUGAAGAUGAUCAAUCAGGGGGCUCACGAUCACCUACACCAAGUAAAGUAAAACAAUCAAAGUCCUCCAACAAAAUGUCACCUGUACGGAGAAAGCGCUCCAGAUCAGUUUCGUUCACACAGAAAAGGCGAUCCAAGUCGAAAUCGGUCAGUAGAAAGAAGAAGUCAAGGUCUCCGGUUAGAAAACGCAAGUCCAGGUCUCCCUCACAUAGUCGUAAAAGGAGGACGAUAUCUCGGUCACCUGUUCGGAAAAGAAGAUCACGAUCAAGAUCAACCAAUCGAAGGGCAAAAUCAAGAUCGAAAUCUCACACAAGAACAAAGCGCUCAAAAUCGAAAUCCCCCAAGCGGAAACGGUCAAAGUCUAGAUCGCCAGCUCGAAAAAGGAGGUCCAAGUCACGUUCCCCUGCUAGAAAGAGAAGAUCUCGUUCACGGUCAAGGGCUCGUCUGUCCCGAUCCAGAAGAUCACGCUCUGUUUCACGUCGUAGGAGACCAGCAUUUCGUGGGCGAUCUUUUGAUAGACGAGAUCGAUGGAAACGUGAACCAAGCCACUCACCAGUUUUGAUUCUCCGUAAGAGGAGGUCCACCUCAAGAUCUCGACGCAGUUCUAGCAAGACGCCACCACGUCUUACUGACCUAGAUAAAGAUCAACUGUUGGAGAUUGCGAAGGCCAAUGCUGCUGCAAUGUGUGCUAAAGCUGGAAUGCCCAUACCUGAAAGUCUCAAGCCGAAGGCAAUUCUACAGUUACCUCUGCCAACCCCAGGUCCAGCCCCCUUGUCUUUGCCUCUACCAUUGCCUGUGCCCAAUUUACCAAUGAAUCUGCCCAUGGGUAUACCAGGUAUGCCUGCAAUGCCAAACAUGACAAUGAACGCUGCCAUGGCAAGUAUGACUGCGGCGACAAUGACGGCUGCUCUCUCAAACAUGGGUGCCCUGGCCUCUAUGCCUCCAAUGCCUCCACUUCCUACCAUUACCAACAAGCCCCCUUCAGCACCAACACCUAAUCUGGCCAGUAUUGAGGAGGUGAAGAGGAAAGUAGCUCAACAAGCUAACAGCAUUAGCAUCAAGGAGUUUACAGAGAAAUGUAAACAGAUCGCAGAGAGUAAGGAGGAGAUGAGUAUUGCACGGCCACAUGUUUCAGAUGAUGAUGAUGAUGAGACACGGUAACCCACUGUCAUUCUGCUGCAUCUCAUAUAUAGUCCUGAUGAUGGUCACCUGUGGCUCGCAAGGAUGAUCUCCGUCAUGUAAAUUAAGCUUUUGUUUGCUCACAGGACAUUUGAGCAUCUGGACACUUGAAGCUACAUUAAUUUCAGUUAUCUUUAAAUGGUCAUUUGUUGGAACAACUGCAAGCUACAGGAAUCUUUUUUUUACCCUAGACUAAAAACUACCAGAGUAGACCAUUCAGUAUGUCUAAAAGUGGAAUAAAGGAGGUAAAGUGUAAAACAGACAUACUAUCUGCCCAGACUGACAGUGAAACUUUUUCAGGCUUGUUUUUACUUUUACUACAUAUGGUGCCUCAUGAUACCAUGAAGAAGGACCUCUGGUAGAUUUUACACAAAGUUAUAGGUGUACCUAAAAGAAGAAACAGAUUUUGGGGUGCAGUUUAGAUCACAGGUCAGGUCUGUUGGUACACAUUUUCAGAGCUUUCUGUUAACAUACAUAGAUAUGAUUAUUUUAGGAGUAUAUUUUCCGUCUUUUAAAAAUUCAUGAAGUGUUAAUCACUUGUUUAAAUACAUUGGUGAAGAGAAUUGUGAUUGUUCCUUAACACUUUUGUGAACUUUUAAAGCAAAUUAAAUGUUGAGGUUCAGAGUUGUUGCUGUACUUGACUGCUAUACUUAACAUGAUGUUUGCAUUGGGGUGCAUUGUAAGGCUUUUGACCACAGACUUUCUUUGAGUUACAUUGGUUAAACCUUGCCGUACUGCUUGCCAAUAACUGGCAUUGUGGUAUGUCUUUAUCUAAAAAAAUAUAUAUAUUUACAGAUUCAUUGAUUUUUUUUUUUUUUUUUAUCAUGUAGUGGAUCCUUGUAAAUGACAGACCAUGGUGCAGUUGUGUAGUAUACAAUGCUGUUUUAUCUUUGUGACUGAAAUAUUUGACCCAGCAAAGCUGCAGGGUGAGAUGCUGUAUUUACAGGAGUGAAAGCAUGUCAGCCAUCACUAUUCUAGAUAAGGAGUAAUUAAAAUGCAUAUGAUUUGAAUAAGAUUAUUGUUUAGACGUACUGUA